GCGAGGGCCAGAUAUGAACUCCCAGCAUUGCCAACAAGGCAAUGCCCCUCGUCUCCCCCAUCGCCGGCGACGUCCGCGCCAUCGCCGGCAGCUACGCCGCCCACCUCCACCACCUCUCCAGCCUCCGCCACCGCCUCCCUCUCCUCCGCGCCCUCCACGCCCACAUCAUAACCUCCGGCUUCGUCCCCCGCGCCCACAUUCUAAACCGCCUCAUCGACCUCUAUUCCAAAUCCGGUGACAUCCUCUCCGCCCGCCGCCUCUUCGACUCCUCCCCUCUCCCUGACGCCAUUGCCCGCACCUCCCUCCUCACCGCCUACUCCAACUCCGGUCUCCUCCCACUCGCCCGCCAGGUGUUCGACGAAACGCCUCUAUGGACCCGCGACACAGUCUUCUACAAUGCCAUGAUCUCCGCCUACUCCCGUGCUUCCUAUGGCCCUCCUGCUGUCUCUGUUUUUCUUGAAAUGCUCCGCGAUGGCUUCCGCCCCGAUGACUACACCUAUACCGGCAUCCUUAGCGCGUCAGCUUCUAUUCCAGACCUCACUAUCCACCAAUGCCAACUUCUCCAUUGCGCGAUUGUCAAGUCUGGAGCUGAGCACAGAGUCUCGGUUUCAAAUGCUCUUAUUGCAUUGUACUUCAAGUGUGGAACCAAUGAAGGUCUGGUCUCUGCCCAUGAAGUGUUUGAUAGAAUGAUUGAUAAGGAUGAGCUGACAUGGACUACUAUGGUUGUUGGGUAUGUUAGGUUCGGUGAUAUUCAAGGUGCUCGUCUUGUGUUUGAUGAAAUGGAUGGGAGAUUUGAUGUUGUAUGGAAUGCUAUGAUUUCCGGGUAUGCACAGCAUGGGUUAUUCUUUGAAGCUCUUGAAUUGUUCAGGAGGAUGCAUUUGUGUAAUAUACCACUCGAUGAGUUCUCGUACACUAGUACUAUCAGUGCUUGUGUAAAUGCUGGAUUUUUCAAGCUUGGCAAGGCUGUUCAUGGCCACAUUAUUCGUGUUGGACCGAAUUUUGAACCAGAAUCUGCGUUGCCUGUUGAGAAUGUGUUGGUUACACUAUAUGCAAACUGUGGGAAGGUUGAUGUUGCACGACAGAUUUUUAAUAGAAUCCAGAAGAAAGAUCAUGUUUCUUGGAAUGCCAUCUUAACAGGGUACUUGAAUUCAGGAAGAAUACAAGAUGCAGUUGGGAUUUUCAACCCUAUGCCAAGUAAAAAUUGCUUAGCAUGGAUGGUCAUGAUCUCUGGAUUUGUUCACAAUGGGCUUGCAGAGGAAGGAUUGAAACUUUUUAAUCAGAUGAGGAAUGAGGGUUUCAUUCCAUGUGAUUAUACUUAUGCUGGAACCUUUGCUGCUUGUGGUGAGCUAGGGGCACUGGAGCAUGGUCGGCAACUCCAUGCACAGCUCAUCAGGUUUGGUUAUGAAUCAAGCAACUCAGCAGGUAAUGCUCUUUUGACAAUGUAUGCUAAAUGUGGAGCUAUGGAUGAAGCAGAACUUGUGUUCUUUGAGAUGCCUUAUUUGGAUCCUGUUUCUUGGAAUGCAAUGAUCUCUGCUCUUGCGCAUCAUGGGCACGGUGAUGAGGCGAUUAAGCUAUAUGAUCAAAUGGUGAUGAAGGGUAUAUAUCCAGACAGGAUCACCUUUCUUACAGUGUUAUCAGCCUGCUCUCAUGCUGGCUUAGUUGAUGAAGGCUUUAUGUACUUUGAAACUAUGGAGCGAGAUUAUGGUAUUAAACCAGAGGAAGAUCACUAUGCCCGGUUGAUAGACUUGCUAGGCCGUGCUGGUAGGAUUACUGAAGCUAGGAAAGUGAUUGAAUCAAUGCCUUUCAAGCCAGGACCACUUGUGUGGGAGGCUGUGUUGACUAGUUGUCGACUUAAAGGGGAUAUGGAUCUGGGAGUCCAAGCAGCUGAACAAUUGUUCAAUACUAUACCACAACAAGAUGGAACCUAUGUUCUUUUAUCCAACAUUUAUGCAGCUGUUGGGCGGUGGGAAGAUGUAGCGAGGGUUAGGAAGAUGAUGCGGGAACGUGGGGUAAAGAAGGAGCCUGGCUGCAGCUGGAUUGAAGUCUCAAAUAAGGUUCAUGUGUUUCUUGUCAAUGAUGUUAGCCACCCUGAAGUGCAUGAAGUAUACAAUUUUCUUGAUGCACUUGGAGCGAAGAUGAGGAAGUUGGGGUAUGUUCCUGAUACCAGGUUUGUGUUGCAUGACAUGGAGGCUGAGCAAAAGGAGUAUGUGUUAUCUACUCACAGUGAGAAGUUGGCUGUUGGUUAUGGGCUUCUGAGAUUGCCCGUUGGAGCUACAAUUAGAGUUCUUAAGAACAUUAGGAUUUGCGGUGAUUGCCACACUGCAAUUUUGUUCAUGUCCAAGGCAGUUGGCAGAGAGAUUAUUGUUAGAGAUGUGAAGCGGUUUCACCAUUUUAAGGAUGGAGAGUGUUCCUGUGGCAAUUAUUGGUGAAUGCCAGAUUAUCUAUGAUUGAUUCUACAUUCAUGAGGAGCAGUUACUACUUGAAUUCGCUUGAGUUUUAUCAGAGACCAGUUACAGGUUAUCCCAAGAAGAGACUUGAAGAGAAGAUGGUGGCUGAAAUUGGCUACUUGCUACUGUUCUGUACACACAGCGAGGAAAAGUCAUGGCAAGAAAUUUGUGGGUGCUGUGAGUUCUCAACCUCGUGCCGAGAAAACCACUAUCGCAUCAAUACAAGUGUUAAAAGCAAUCUGUCCAAAAAUCAGGAAUUUUCGAGAGAAAUGUGGUCUUUUAAUGAUUGAGCAGCUCUUUUUUAUUAGAUGCAGUUUACCUGACACCAGCCUCAUUCAUUGUUUUCGUGCUAAAUGCCUCACAAUUGCUAUAAAGACAACAGAGGAACCUUCUUUGGACUUGGAAAUUAACAGGCAGGUUUUUCACUUAUCAUGUUGUUUGGCAUGUGUAAUUGCUGUAAUUGCAGAGCAGUUCUUUCAGAUUCAUUUUGGAGUUUAGAGAGAACAAAACAAAACUUGUUGCUUAUUUGUUUUCAUUCUUGAAUGGAGAGUCAAUUAAUUUACUUGAAGAAACGUAUAG